UAAGUUCAGAGCGCAGAUCUGACACUCAAAGCAUUUCUUUACUAAAAUGAAGACUAGGAACCACUGGACCAACUAAAAUGCACCUUUUAAAAAACUGAGUUUUGAUAAUUGCCACAAUGACAAUUCUGCUCUUUUUAACAAGUGGACUGUUCUUCCUAUCCUCCUGUCUAUCCCAGAAAGAACGCAAAUGUGACAACAGUAGCCUGGAUUGUGAAGGUAAUAAAUUGCAUCCUAUUAAGACUUUCCAUGGCACUCCACAAGACACUUAUGAGAAGAUACCUCAUUCUGCCAUAGAAGGCCUAACAAAGACCAGCCACAACCAAGAAAAUAACUGUUCUAUGGAAAGGUCCAAUGUUUCCGUGCUAAAAGUAAGCAAUACCACAAUGGAGUACCUUACCAGCUCCCUCAGCAUGAAGCUGAUCCCAGCUCUAUAUAUAGCUGUUGUUUUAAUAGGAGUGCCAUCAAAUGCCAUUAUACUAUGGAUGCUGUUUUUCAGAGUCAGAUCAGUCCGGACCGCUAUAUUCUACACAAACUUAGCCAUUUCGGAUUUCCUUUUCUGUGUUAUGCUGCCAUUCAAAAUUACGUAUCACCUCAGUGGCAAUAACUGGAGAUUUGGAGAAACAACGUGUCGAAUCGUGACUGUUAUCUUCUAUGGCAACACAUAUUGUUCUACUCUACUCCUUACCUGCAUCAGUAUCAGCCGUUAUGUGGCCAUUGUUCACCCAUUUACUUACAGGACUCUCCCUAAGAGGCCCUUAGCAACAAUAGCAUGUGGGAUGGUAUGGACAGUUGUUUUCUUAUACAUGUUACCUCUGAUCAUAGUGAAGCAGAGCUAUUAUCUGGAUCAACUAAAUAUCUUUACCUGCCACGAUGUGCAUAAUACCUGUGAAACUCUGUCAUCCUUUCAGUACUAUUACUACAUCUCGCUGGCGGCAUUUGGAUUUGUGAUUCCUCUUUGUAUUGUUAUUUUUUGUUAUGUUUCAAUUAUUCGAACACUCAAAGCUUACGAUCAGAAGUGGUUGUGGUACAUCAAAAUCAGUCUUCUCAUCCUUAGUAUUUUUGCUCUUUGCUACACACCCAGCAAUAUCAUAUUGAUUGCUCAUCAUUUGAAUUACUACCAUAAUUCUAAAGACAAUUUGUAUUUUUUUUACCUUAUUGCUUUAUGUCUAAGCAGUCUAAACAGUUGCCUUGAUCCAUUCCUUUAUUUCCUGAUGUCCAAAAUCAAAGAUAACACUGGUGUUUAUCUCACCAUAGUUAAAAUAGUCCGGGAUGAACAAACGUGACACUUCUCUUACAAUAUUUGAUGAAUUUGCAUAUACAAAAUUUGUUCAUAAAAAUUCAUUAUUUAAGAUUUCUAUUUUUAUAAUGGCAAAAUUCAAAAUAUUUAAAGUACUUAUAUGUGUAUUUUAGAACUGCAAGGCUCAAUAUCCCUGGGGGCACAUUUUAAUUGAUGGGGUUAUAUAUUAAAGGCACAUACUUGCUCCUUUAUUGAGCCUAUUUUGGUUCUAGUACAUCACCAAAAAUCGGGAAUGAAAAAGAUAUGCCUGUAGAAAUGAGUGAUAAUUUAAAUGUAAGUUACUUUAUAGUUCAUUCACUUUCCCUAAAAGAUACCAACACUGAGGUUUUGAUAUUAUGUCGUCUUAUUCAAAUUUAGCUAAUUAAUUAUUAAGCGGUUAGUAUGCAGAUUAAUCAACUAAAAUUAUUCAAUUUCUUGACCAUUCUAAUGUCUCAAUUUUUAAAAUGAAAAAGGCUAGCAAUGGAACAUAAACACAUUAUUUUUCCUGAAUCUCAAAAUAUGUUUUAACUUAUACGCUAUGUUUUAGUUGCGUGGUUGCUACUUCCAUAGUCAUUUCCCACACUGUAUUGCCAAAUCUGAACCUUAAAUUGCUUAGAAUAGUAAGCUUUACACUAUACGAGCAAUGUAUUCUAAUCUAACAAUUUAUAACAAGAUAAUAAUUCACUUACACCAUAGGACCACAGUAAAGGAUAACUACAUAUACUUUUCCCCAGAAUUCUCUCUCUCGCACACACUCUCACACUAAAUACCCCUGGUUGCUAUAUAGCAUGGUACCUAGAAAUAUUAAGUAUGUAUACACUUAAUCUAAGUUGAGUUUUGUUCUGUCUAUAUAAGUUAUUUCUUAGCCAGAAGUUGAAGUUUCUAAACAAACUCUCUCUGGUAUGUUGAGUGGGGAACAGUGUUGCACCAUUCAAGCUAUGUAAUGUUCUGAAGCCACUUUGCAAUACAGAACAAAAGGGCAACUCUAUUAUCUGUUGUCACGUUUGAAAGCAUUUUCAAGUUUUCAGUUGCUUUUUAAAAAAAUCUUGGAAUUGCAAAAAAAGAAGAACAUAUUUGUACCAUGAGGGAAGAAUGCAACAUGAGGGAAGAAUGCACUCAAAGAUGUAACUGUGAGUUGUUAGUUUCAAAAAAGUACUCAGGACAAGUAUACUAUUUUCUGUUGGAAGUGGGGCAAGAGCAACCCGUUUUGUUCUUGUGUUUAUGUUCCAGAAGGGAGAUAGAGUUAGGAUCCUCCAGAAGGCUAGGCUUGACUACCUUUACCUGUGAUGCUCUGACUGACUUCCUUCUGAUAUGACUUCGCAGAUUGAUAUGCUUAGGGAAGCUUAUCUGGCCCGCCCUUCCCUUCUUCUCUUCUUUGACUGUCCGAGAGAGAGAGGAGACACCAUUGUCUCUGCUCUCUCCCUCCUGAGCCAUGAGGGCAACUCCCAAACCUGGGUGUUGCGCCUCCAACUUAGUUAGUUAGUUAGAACUAGGUAUGCCUUUUAUCUACUAUGUAUUUCUAUAAAUAAA